AUGGAUAAAAAACCCGUCAAGGCCCUUCCGCAGGUCCCCCCGCCGUCUUCUACCGCUGCUCCAUCCGCGGGGCGUACGAGCAUGAGCUCCAGACAACCCAACGACGAUCCUCAAGCUCUACAGCAGCA